CGAACACGUUAAUUCAUCAACAACUUCUAAGGGAGCUUAUUUAAUUUGGUUGGAACGAUGAGUUUCGUAACGUCAGCUCCAAGAAGGCCUAUCCCCUCGCAUGAAGCAUCAAGAGGGUCAGUUUUUUUACCGGCAAGAAGAUCAUCAACAUCAGUAGUUCCCGAACCGACUACUGGGUCUGUACUGUACAAUGCAACACCUCAACAUCCAGUAGAUAUCAUCCAGAACAACUGGAAUGGAUCGUCCGAAACCUUCCCACAACGUAACUAUGUAGCAACCUCCAACUUUCAGCAACCAAACACUAGGUCUGCAAUAAUACCGCAGAAUCAAACAACGAAUUCAACGAAUGGUUACGUCAUCCCAUCCGGAAACUAUAAUGGGGUACCGUCGUAUCCACAACAAACGCGCCUCACUGAUGUGCGUUAUUGUGAUACGACUUACUACGGUAACGAAUCAACCAACAAUGCGCAGUCACGUUUGGCUUCGCAUUCUGCAGACGAGCUUUAUCCAGACACUUCAACAGGUAACAAGCCGGCAUUAUGUAAGGUGUGUGGCGACAAAUCGAGCGGUUUUCAUUAUGGAGUCACAGCCUGUGAGGGAUGUAAGGGAUUCUUCCGACGUAGUAUUCAAAAGCAAAUGGAAUAUCGAUGUUUACGAGAUGGAAAGUGUCACAUACAUCGUUUAAACAGGAACCGAUGUCAGUUUUGCCGAUUUAGGAAAUGCCUUGCUGUUGGAAUGUCUCGUGACUCAGUACGUUAUGGACGAACACCACGACGUAAGGGCGAUGAAAUCGAUAACGAAAAUAUACCUUCAUGGGAAGAAAUAUCGAAAUUCACUCAUUACGAAGUUGCGGAUGUUGCAAAACGUUUGCGAACUUUUAUAGAAAAGGUGACUGCGGCUCACUUGACUUGCUGCAAUUACCUGCCUAGCACUUUGAAAGAUCUGGAGCCUCGAAUAAUACGUGAUCUUUCAAAUACUAAAUCACCCUCCACUAACCGAAAUCAAUUGUGGCAUUCCAUGAACGGGGCCCUGUUCGAAGAUUUAGGGCGCUUCAUUGAAUUUGCCAAGCGCAUACCUGGAUUCAUUAGCAUCUCUCACAGGGAUCAAAUCUUAGCUGUCAAAACAUCAUUCUUUGAAGUAUGGCUUGUUUGGAUCAGCCGUGCUAUGAAUUCGAGAAUGGGGACACUGACAUUUUCUCACGGAAUAACUUUUUCUCAAGAGCAGCUCAGUAUUAUCUAUGGAUUGGUACUUGUUAGACAAAUGUUCGAGUUUGGUGACCGUUUUAGAACUUAUAAGCUUAGUGAGUGCCUGCUUGGGUUGUAUUGUGCCGUCCUUCUAUUUACACAAGAUAAUAUUCCAAAAUUGGAAAAACCUCACAAAGUGCUCAUUUUGCGUGAAAGGGUGAUGUAUGCGCUCAAAUUACAGUUGUCAACAGAACGACCGGCGGAAAGUGAACUGUUCCACUCGCUGCUUGUAAAACGCGAACUACUCCGAUCAAUUGCUGUUCGACACCAAAUGGCACUUGAUUGGUAUCGCAUACAUUUAGACCUGAUUCGUUUACCACAAAUUUUUGUCGAUCUUUAUGAUUUGGAUAGUCAUGGAUUGGUAUCUAGAUCGAGGCUCAAUGAUUCAGCUGUUUCACUAGAGACUAAUCGAACGAUAAAAGAGGAAACUGUUGGAAAGCGGGAUAUUGAUUUGGUAUCAGAAGAUAAUUCAAAUUAAAUGUUGAUUUGGCAUCAGAAGACAAUUCUUAUUAAUCUAUACGCAUUUCGAACUUAAAUUUGAAAUAAGAAACUUACAGAUUGUUCUUAAAAUGACCAUUCCUAAUACCGACACACUCAAUUGCCGUCGUCCAUUACGGGUGACAACUCAAGUGCU